AUGGAAAACCAAACGACUGCAAGUGAGUUUGUUCUCUUGGGACUUACACGUGACCCACACCUUCAAAGGUUCCUGUUCCUUGGGUUUUUAGUUAUUUACUUCAUUACUCUGUUUGGAAAUAUGGUGAUCAUGAUUGUGAUAAGUACUGAUUCCCACCUUCACUCCCCUAUGUACUUCUUUCUCUUUCACUUAGCCCUCAUUGACAUCUGUUAUGCCACCACCAUUGUCCCUAAGAUGCUGGUGAAUUUUCUAGUGAAGCAUAAAACCAUUGGUUUCAGUGGCUGUAUUACCCAGAUGUCCUUCAUCCUUCUCUCAGCUGGUAGUGAAAUUUUCAUGCUCUCAGCAAUGGCAUAUGACCGAUACGUUGCCAUCUGUAAGCCACUGCACUACCAAGCAGCUAUGAGUAAAGUCUUCUGUAGCCAGCUGGUGGGGGGCGCAUGGGUGAUGGGGAUCUUACACUCCAUUAUAAACACAGUGCCUAUGUUAAAUGUGCAGUUCUGCAAGUACACAGAAAUCAAGCAUUUCAGUUGUGAGCUGCCACCUCUCUUAACUGCUGCCUGCAGUGAGACCUUCCUCAAUAAACUGGUUCUUCUGUCUUCUGCUGUGAUCUUCGGGUCAAGCUCCUUCCUGCUCACACUCAUCUCCUACAUCUAUAUCAUCUCUACUAUCUUGAAGAUACAGUCCUCAAAGGGGAAGCAGAAAGCUUUCUCCACUUGCAGUUCACACCUCAUGGUAGUGGCUUUGCUGUACACAACUGCUCUGUUUCAGUACACAAAACCCAGCUCAGUCUCGUCCGUCAUUCUAGAUCAAAUGUUCUCCUUCCAGUACAGUAUUUUAACCCCCAUGUUAAAUCCCAUUAUCUACAGCCUGAAAAAUAAAGAUGUGAAAACAGCUUUGGGCAGAAUAUCAGGGAAAAUUCAAGUUUCACAAUUAGUGUAA